UCCUAACUACCAUUCAAGUGCACUGCCCAACCAGGCCCAAGACCCAAGCUGUAGCUUUAUGUUAAUUCCUUCACUAUGCUUUCUCAAACCAAGCCCUCCCCCAUCCAACCCCCAAAGACACUUACCUUGACCAUGGAUGAAACAUUUCCCAGUUGCAUCUCAAGCAGUGAUGCCCAUGUCGCAGUCCUCUCGUUCCCUUUCUCAAGCCACCCAACAUCUCUCUUAACGCUCGUCCGUCGCCUAGUCGCCACGGCUCCGAACGUGAUGUUCUCAUUCUUCAACACUGCAAAAUCUAAUGGUCAGAUCUUCAGGAAAAUUGACAAAGGCUUUGAGAAUUUAAGAGCUUAUGAUGUAGAUGAUGGAAUACCAGAAAACUAUGUAUUCACGGGCAAACAACAGGAGGAGAUUGAGCUUUUCAUAAAGGUGACGCCAUGGAACUUCAAGAAGGGUUUAGAGGUUGCAGUGAAGGAAAGAGGGAGGAAGAUAACAUCUGUGUUGAGUGAUGGUUUCUUGUGGUUUUCUGGGGAAAUGGCCGAGGAGAUGGGAGUUCCUUGGUUGGCUGUUUCUUUUUCGGAGGCUUGUUCACUCACUACUCAUGUCGACACUGACCUGAUCCGCUCAACUAUUGGAGUUGGUCAAAAAGCUAUCGCCGGACGAGAAGAUGAAACUCUUGAUUUCAUUCCAGGACUAUCAUCCCUACCUAUUCGAGAUGUGCAAGAAGGAAUCAUCAUAGGAGACUUGGAAUCUGCUUUCAAUCGCAUGCUACAUCAGAUGGGCCAAAAGAUGCCGCAAGCAACUGCUGUUGUGGUCAAUGACUUUGAGGAAUUGAACCCACCAAUCAUCAAGGACCUCAAGUCCAAGUUCCGAAACUGCCUUUCAGUUGCACCCUUCACACUAAAUUACCCUCCUCAAUCAGAUUCAGAUACUAGUGGUUGCCUUUCAUGGCUGGACAAGCAGAAGCCUUCUUCUGUAGUAUACAUUAGCUUUGGCACAGUAGGGGGAUUGCCACUACCUGAGUUAGAAGUAUUAGCAGAAGGAUUAGAAGCUAGUGGAACACCAUUUCUAUGGUCUCUCAAGGAUAAGCUGAAGGAACAAUUACCAGAUAGUUUCCUAAACAAGACAAGGAAGAGGGGACUUAUAGUCCCAUGGGUUCCUCAGUUGCGUGUCUUACAACACACAGCAGUAGGUGUGUUCAUGACACAUUGUGGAUGGAACUCAGUAUUAGAGAGUAUCUUGAAUGGAAUUCCGGUUAUCGGCCGUCCGAUUUUCGGAGACCAUCACUUGAACGGACGGUUUAUUUCUGAUGUGUGGAAGAUUGGAAUUAGAAUUGAUCAUGGGGUCUAUACCAAAGAUGGAGUGAUGAAAGGAUUGGAUUUGAUGUUGUGCAAAGAAGAAGGGAAGAAAAUGAUGGAGAAGGCUCAGGCCCUUAAAGAGCUUGCCAAGAGGGCAAUUGAAAUUGAUGGUAGCACUAGUAGGAAUUUUCAGACUCUCUUGCAAAUGGUAUCUACUACCUAGUACAUUAAAAAUAGUUACACAUUUGAGCCUUUACUUAGUCUCGAUUAGGAUUUGAAGCUUUUAAUUUCAUCAUUUUUUUUUUUUAUAAGUAGGAUGGAAAUAAGAGUGGAGGGACCGGCUUGGAGUGUAGAUCAGGUUUUCGUACAAGAACCAUUUUCGAUCUUGAUUUACAUAUAUGAUACAUGGAAUUUAACAUUGUUAUAGAUUCUAGUUGGAUUUCUUGUGUAUAGAUGAGGGAGAAUGGUUCUGAAAAAUGCACUCUUAAGGAUGGAAAUAAAUGUGUUUUUUUAUA